UCACAUGCAACUGGUAAACACCACGUUAUCUAACACUGGGGGAGAGCCAUUCUAUUUGAUAAUUCUACCCAAAAUGAGGAAGAGUUUACAUUGUCCCGCUUCAAUGAGUGACAUCGCCUUGAAAUUGUAAAUGUAAAUAUCACGCCGUAUAUCAUCUUUUAAACUUUUUCUGCAUUCUAUACACUUGGGCGAUUUGACUAGAGCUCAGCUGUCACACCAUUUAGCCUGAGCAGUAUGGGAGCUCGUAUUUUCUUUCGAAGUCUUUGGGCUAUCAGAAGAUGGAUUAUAAUUUUUCUGGCAUUUCUCGUACCAAUUCAGCUCGUCAUUGUUGGAACACCUGAGUCGCGAUGUGCUUACGUUGUCAUUGUGAUGGCGGUCCUCUGGAUCACGGAAGCGGUCCCAAUCUCCGCUACAGCACUGUUGCCAAUAUUUCUGCUACCCAUGUUAGGAGUGCAGAGGGGUCAAGAUGUUUCCAAAAAUUACUUUAACGACACAAGUAUGUUGUUCCUGGGUGGACUUCUGAUAGCAGUGGCCAUGGAAGAAGUCAACCUGCACCGACGUAUUGCCGUGGGUGUCAUGCGCGUCCUAGGGUCAAGGGUCAAUACGUUGAUGCUGGGACUGAUGGCGCCGACCUGGUUUCUCUCUAUGUGGAUCAGCAACACAGCCGCCACAUCCAUGAUGCUUCCUAUUCUCGUAGCCAUUACUGAACAGAUGGAAAAGCUAGAGAAGGAACAACUGUAUGGUGAGGAGGAGGCGGUGAAGGAGAAGAAUGGAGAUGCCAGUCCUGGGAUGAUCAAGAUAGAUGUGGAGGACGAUGCCACUGUCAGAGAAAAAACAAAUGAACUGAAGCAGAUGACUAAAGGUUUUGCCCUCUGUGUGGCUUAUGGAGCCAACAUUGGAGGCAUUGCUACCCUAACGGGAACCCCGCCCAACCUGGUAUUGCAGGGCCAGGCUGACAUCUAUUACACGAAGUACGGCAACACAACGUCCCCCAUUACCUAUGUUAACUGGUUGGGGUUCGCCUUUCCUCUGUCCUUAUUACUACUUCUCCUUGGAUGGAUAUACCUACAGAUUAUAUUCCUGCGCGGAAGAUGCUGCCGAGGAACAGAGAAGUCCAGAAAGUUAGCGCUCCAGUCUGCCAUAAAUAAACAAUGGAAAGCUCUUGGUGAUGUGAAAUUUGCUGAGAUUGAAGUGCUAGCCCUUUUCUGUGUUUUGGCCCUGCUGUGGGUCUUUCGGAGUAUACCCAAUGUAGGGGGAUGGGGAGACAUUUUCACUGAUGUUGCUACAGGGAAAAUAAAAACGGCACGCGACUCCACGGCAUCAAUUUUUGUAGCAAUACUGCUUUUCAUUCUCCCCAAAGAAGUUCCAAGCAUCUUCUGUUGGUUCCAAGAAUCAGAGACGAACGUAAGACCGAAUUACCAGCCGAUUUUGACCUGGCAUAGUAUUCAGCAGAAAGUGGCUUGGGGUGUGCUCUUCUUGCUAGGUGGAGGGUUUGCUUUGGCUGACGCUGCAACGAAAUCUGGAUUAUCGUCAUUAAUUGGAUGCGAGUUAAGAGUGUUUAAGGAAGCAGAUCCUUGGGUUAUGACCAUGUUGGUGUGUUUGUUAGUGGCAUGUAUCACGGAAAUCACGAGCAAUACAGCUAUAGCGUCUCUUAUGAUGCCAAUCGUGUUCGAAUUGGCAAUCUCUGUUGGGCAACACCCUCUCUAUCUGAUGAUCCCCACCGCCGUCGCUACGUCAUUCGCAUUCUGUCUUCCGGUGGCCACGCCUCCUAAUGCUAUCGUGUUCUCCUCUGGUUAUAUCACAAUACCAGACAUGUGCAAGGCUGGCCUUUUUAUGAACAUCAUCGCCCUUUCAGUCAUCACUCUCGCAAUCAACACCUGGGGUCAGUCCAUUUUCAACCUGGACACAACUCCAGCUUACUUUUCGUCCAUUGCUGCUGCUGGUACCUGUGGAACAGUCGUUGUCACGACAACAGAAACAUAUAACGCGACAACACUUUCUAUGGACAGUACCUCUGUAUAACUGCACUCAUUCUUAGCUGGGUCUAUCAACUUGAAUACUUCAACGUUUUUAAUACCAACUACGUUAUCAUAACAAUCUGCUCAUGAAAACAUUUUUUAAAGAUUCAUUUAUGUUGACAUAGGCGUAGCUUAGGUUCGAAUAUUACCGAGACAGGGGGUCUG